ACUCUGCCACUGGCGGCACGGAACGCACCAGUGCAUCGUCAGUCUCCGAGAGCAAAGGACGUACAGCAAAGCGGACGCGUCGCGUAAACGUUUUACGAACAGUCGAACACGAAACGCCGCGAAAUCCGGUGCCAUCCGAGUGCCGGCCGCGAAGCAAGUGCAUCCUUCGGCAAGCACGCGUAACCGGCACGUUUGUCACACCGCAGACGUUGUCGCAGACGUGCAUGCGAAGGGUCCGUGAAGGACAGUUUGAUCGUAAAUCACGCGAAAAUACAUCGGAACUCAGUGAUUUCCCGACUCACGUACAAUAAAAAAAAGGGUGGCAUUUAGCAAAGUGUGUGAUUGGGCGUGUGUUUUGUUGUUCCGUAUUUAAAUUUCCCUGCAUUGUGGCUAUGACUUUUCCAUUGACGCGUGAAUCAGCUGUUUGAUAAAUUCCAACUCGUGUCGCGAUAUUUUUUAUUUGCUUUUUGAGGGAAAAUUGUGAUUGUGCUCUUAAAGAAGAAAAUAAGUGAAAAGACAAAAUUUUGUCGAAAGUAAAGAGAACAAUCCAUUUGAUAGCGGCGUGCGGGGUGGAUUCCGGGAAAAUUGUCAACACCAACGUUGCGUAGUGCAAUCGGUGCAGUGUGCAUAAUGUGCAAUUCAUGCGUAUGCAAUCGACCGUCAGCUGUGAUCGUGCGUGAGCGUGAUUCAUCGCGGUUCGGUCGUGCGUUCGUGAUUCAAAGGCAAUUAAAAUAGAUCGCCCCAAACAGCGGGAGUGCGUUGUUCUCGGUCGGCGUUUUCCCGCCUAGUUUUUCCAAUCCCAAUCCUCCCCUUUUCGGGGGGUGGAAAACAUAGGCUAAAAGGCCACAAGCAUCAGUGACUUCUUCGGUACACCGAACCACGAAUACAGUGACACGUUUUCGGAACGUUUCGUGAUUUAUCGCACGGGAGACAAUAUAUUAACCAAAUACGAUCAGCCGGGUGCGCGGCUUUUGCUUUCCCCGCCACACGGGGUACGUCCGAAGAUGGCGCACAGCGAGCAGACGGUAGUAUGGUCGCAUUCGUACACGGACGAUACGGGUUGGGCUGGGCGAUACUGAUCACUCAACACCACCGUCACCAACGGCUUCACAACACCCGUGGUCGUAUGGCUCUCGUCUAGCUUACGGUGAAGUAUGUGCUUCAGUGUGGAUUAGUGCGUGCUAGACAUCGAUCGACUUGCCUCUCGACACCCCUCUCGCCCCCCCUCCUGAGUGGUUCACCGAUGGUGAAGAAACUCGUGUCCUUUUGGACAUUGGAUUAGAAAACUGAUCCAAAAGUGGACCCCCGUUAGCAGAUCACCGCUAAUCGACUGCGGUGUCAAAUUAAUCGUCUCGCGAUUCGCGUUGAAACGUCGUCUUGCAAAGGGUUGCUGUUUUUGGGGGUAGUUUCCCCCCUUACCCCCUCGUAAGCAUUCCUCCGGUCCUAAGCCGUCCCGCCCAAGAUUAUCGCGCUCGCGAAAUGAUGACGAUGAUUUAUCGGUACUGAGGCGUAAAGGUUGUCUUUCACCCCGAUUACGGACCGGGGCCGUUCUCCUGCCUGUGUGUAACCCUUGUCGCGCUUCUUGCCCACUAUCGGUGUGGCUGGUCGACCCCCGGAGGCAAAAUCUCAACCGGUCCGGUUGAACAUCGUUGGACAUCUUGGUCAACACGGCGGAUCGUUUGGAAUCGCAGUUCGCUUCACGACCAAUUAGCCUGUGUACGUGUUUUCAACCCCCAUCCGCACCAAACGAGCGGGAGGAACUGAAGUGUGUGUGUGUGCAUGUGUUUAUGUGCUUCUAAGAAACUGAGAGUAGGAUCGAUUUUGAUUUGAAGGCCAGUAGAAACGGCCGCUUGGAUCAACGCUGAAGCGCUCGGUUGGCGAUUUUCCGAGUGACAACGACAACAACCCUUCCCAAUCAACCCCCGUUGCACAAAAAAAGGGCCGUACCGUACAGGUAGGAAGCGGACAGCGGACGGCCGCACUGUCCCACCAGGCUUACAUUUUGGGGCCCAUAGCCGGGCUGGUACUAGCAUUCAAAACCAGGAAAUAGUCGCAACUAGCGGGAAGGCCUAGAGAACAGACCAACGCAAAUAUGUCAACCGGUGUCGUCUCGUUGGCCGUCGUCGCCAUCACCGUUAGCAUCGUGGUGCACGUGCUUCUGCUGACAAGUGCAUUUGUGGGACCGGCGGACGGUGCGGUACGGGGUGGCAAUCGGCACAGCUACGCUUCCGCCAUGAAGUCCACCAUCGAUCGGCAGGGGCUUGCACCGCCGGCUUAUAACGCUGCUGGCCAUCGACGAGGUGCGAAGAAUUAUGCCUGUCUGCAGGAUUUGACGCAGACCGUGGUUCCACCCGGUCCGGAACAUGCCCCGGAACGGUCCGGCGACGACACGAUGGUGCUGAUGGAGGACCGCACUGUGGUUGUUGGCGAGGAUGAGGCUGACGCUGAUAUUGACGAUGACAUUGAUACUGGGAGCGGUACAAACGUUUCCACUGCCGGGUCUAGAGUCACCAUUCGAAGAUACUCGUUUCGUUUGUUAGAAAUGAGUCCACUUUCCAUCACUGUAACUUCCACAUGCUCCAGCAAAGAUGAUGUAGCUCCUAGAUGGUGGGUGCAGUACGAGGGACGUUAUAUUGCCGCACUAUCCAACGGAAGUCAAUUCUUUCGAUCGUGUGUCCAGCGUGGUGUGUAUCAGGUGAUCAUAGACCUGGCAGGAACUUCAGUGCUGGACGGUUGCAGCUACCGUCUCGGCUACAAUCGUAAAGGGACGGAAGAGUUUCGUAGUUGGCCGUUUCGUAAUCUGAGCGCACCUUCGCGCAUAAAGGUACAGCAGCAGCGUCGUCGAUACGUCGUGAUGAUCAAGUGGGAAAAGAGCAAGUUGGACAUCCAUGUGAUGAACUAUUGUCUCGCAGUUAGUACCGGCCGACGACAGAGAACCCUUUGUCAGGCAUUGGGUAACUCCAUCCAUCGACCACCGUGUGACACGAUCGCCGUCAACGAUUUCCUACACCGUUUGGGACCGCGUGACGAACGAAAGCUGGAUCCGAACGUGGAGACAACGAUCGUAUGUACCGGGACCCGAACCAAACAGCUGCUGCGCGGUAUGAAGCCCAACGUGACGUACUACGUGGAUGUUUUUGCUAUUCACUCGCAGCACAACAAUCUAUCGUUCCUGUUGGGUUCUACGCAGGUGCUGCUUAAUCGUACCCGUCCGACGCAACUGAUCGAGGGCAAGGUUGUGGUAGGGAAGCUGUCCACACUCGGAGGUGUAUCGCUGUUCAAUUUUAAAGUUCCAAAGCGUUCGCCGAACAAUUUCUUCAAGCUGCAUCUAACACCCUGCGGCGGUACAGUAAGCCUGGAGGUGCUAAAGAAAAAGCGUCGCAUUAUGGAGCCGGUACGGGAUGUGUACUACCCGCGCACGAUUACGGUGCAAAAUGUCCGGCCGGGAGAACGCUAUCUUAUACGAGUAACUAAUGCGGACGAUUCAUCGCGCCUCAAUCGGAUACAGGUGAUCGUUAGCUCGCGUAAUGAUUUUCUCGAUCUGCCACGGAUGCCACACGACACAAACAUUACCGAGUUGACGGAACUGCGCAAGUGUCACUCCAGUACGAUCGCAUGGUUUGGAUCAUCCGACAAAGAUGUGAGAUACUGUGUAUACGUCUUUAAGCUGCUAAAGGUACAGUUCUACGCCCAUAAUGUGAAGCUUCCCACGUACUGCGAGUUGGAAAGUCGAGAUGUCUCCAAUCAUUCCCAGUUCCAUCACAAGCAUUGUUUAAGCUACAACAAGGAGGACAAUCUGCUCUCGCUGGACAUUCCCAACCUGCUGCCAGAACAUUACUACACCGUGUUUGUGACGGCUAAUACCACACGCAGUGGCAGUCUACCGUAUAAGUCAGUCCGCAUAAAGACGGCUCCAUACUGUCUCGAGAGCAAUCAGAUCCUUCCGACGGGAUCGCUCGGUAAAGGGAAGGGAGCCAUGAAGGCAGCUGGCUUUCGGAAAGUUGGUGGUCAGAAGCGACGCAAUACGGCCAAGAACAGUCUAUCGGAGCGGGGUACUUUAAAGCGAUCCCGUAAGCAACAGGAAACACCCAGCCGGAAUGGCUAAACCUUAAGGAUGUGUGUUGGAAGUUUUGUAAAUAUAUCUCCAAAUAAUAAUUUCAUCUUAUUCAACUCUCCGUUCGUACCAAACAGGAAAACAGAGUUACGGAGAAAUUAGGGCAGCCAACCCUUACCGCGUACCGCGUUAUAUUCGCAACCUAAAAUCCUUCAUAAGGGUUUACUUCUUUAGAGUAGAAUGAUAGUAUAAAACAUACAGCUGAGCUGUGGCACGUUUGUUUUUUUUUCUAUUCAUGUUCUAAAAUAGCUUGCAAAUUGCAAAACAGAGAAAACAGAGAAAGAGAUAACAUUAGAAGCUUGCCAACAGCUUGCCAAACAAGUUUAGUACUUUCUAAGGUAAUGAGUCCUUAAAACAGAAGCGUACUCAAUAAUAUAAAAUGUUAUAAGUUUAUUUUCUCCGACAAAUCGGCAGUUUGACAAGCUGCUUGUAAUGCACUCCAAAAACAACACAUACAGCAACGUAGCUUGAUUGUGCAUGGGAGUUCAAUGUGUAUUUAAACAUUAGCGUUAACGUUGGCAGCAAACAUUUUAGCUUUAUCCGUCUGCAUUAGUGGUUAAGAAUAUUUAGUAUCGCUGCUACUAUUCCACGUUUAUACCUUUCAAGCCAUAUUGAUCCAAACCGUGACUGACGAAGAACAAAAAAAAAAAACGCCCCAUCCAGUACCACAAAGCAAAUCACAUUCAAUUGGUCAUGUUCAGGAAGAAACUGUCUCCUUGUUUAUUUUUUGUAUUGCGACAGGUGUGUAACGGAAAACACAAAGCUAUUCCAGGCACAGAAAAUCCACACACCGCACUAAUUGAUUACUGAUAAGAGCUGUUAGUGUUUGCAGGAUUUGUUUGUGAUAUGAUUUGCAAUCGGCAUGGAAAUUAGCAUCGCGGUAUUAAACUCCACUUUAAUAGAGCCACCAAGCGUCUCCAUGUACGUGUCGAGUGCAUUCGUCGUUCGAUGCCCUGCUUCGUGCCGAUCCGAACGGUGCCGUUGACAUUGGGAAAAUAAUUAAUUUGCACCACCUUCUCGACUGGGCACGGUGCUGUAAUGGCAACUUUUCUCCAGCAUUUUUCCUCCUCUAGCGUUGCGACGUGACGACGUGUUAUCGCAUUGUGUUGUUUAAUUGCGGAGGAGGAACACGGUCGUUGUACAAUAGGAUGAUGCUGAAUUCUUGGUUGUUGUAUGAUUGAUAUCAUCGACCGGAAUGUCUGAUAGCUGAAGGCACAGUGAUGAAACGUUAAAUAUGCUGGUGGACAUAAAAUAAAAUAAAUGAUAAUUAUAAUCUUUACAAUAA